AUGCCUCACGCCGCUCCGUCACGCUAUCCUCCCACAGCGACAUCCGACCUCGAAGCCGGCGCCGUCCUGAAACUCGGCGAAUUCCAAAACGAAGUCACCCUCAACCUAUCCGAAGCGCGAAUCAUUCUACAAAAGACCCUAGCGACCCGAGCAGCUCGCGGUGGCCACUACGAAGAGACCGAGACCACGGCCAAGACGCGCGACUACCUCGAGAUCUUUGCCGUCUUCAAAGAGCUGGCCGAAGCCCAACAAGUCGAAGGGAUUAUCAAUUCCUACGGCGAGAAUUUGGAACGGUUCGAGAAGAGCCAGCUGGGCAGCUUGGUGCCUACAUGCUCAGAUGAAGCUAAGGCAUUGAUUCCGAGUCUGGAGAGGAAGGUUGAGGACGGCGUUGUCACAGAGGCGGAGUUGGAGGGGAUUUGUAGGGAGUUGCAGAGGUUGAAGAGACAGGCACAGCUGUGA